AUAACAACGGGUGUUCGAUUUUUAUUUGGAACGUAAUGAGUAUCUUGAGCAGAAGGGGCAGAAACGCUUGGUGAAAUACAUUCUGUCGCUUUCUAUUAUACAUUCCGCAUAAUGCUUGAAACGUAGUAAUAGUUAUGACAUUGAUGUAGUCAUAAAUACAAGUGUCACUGACAGCGCUCGCCAUCAAACGACAAAACGAUCCCAGGUUGCGCAAAAAUACAUAAAGUAGUUCCCCCUUUAGCAACCCGUCGAAUAUAACAAAUGUCAGAGUUCAUGAGAGCACCUAUGUUCAUGUUGAGGAAAAAGUGUUGAAGUGUCCUCUAAGAAAAGGACGUAGAGUUUAACUGACUGUGAUGCAUACAAUUCAGUCGACGGUAAAGACUAUGUUUUGCUGCGCGAGUGCUUGGCGUCAUUUGAUGCAAUUUGGCUGUCAAACUUCUACUUCGGGUCAUCACAGAAACAGACAGACGUGGUGGGUUAAACGUCCAACGAGAAAGAAAAUCAUCGCUUCACAUGUCACAUUAUCAACUCCAUAAACUUAUAUUAUAAUCUGAGGAUAUCCCAGCAGAAUAUAAUACUAACAAUAUUCUCUUUGAAGCACAUACAUCUGUUCGCUUGUUGACAUUCAUUUGCAGCUGAGCGUGACGAAACAAGUUUGUAACACUAUGUACAGUUGCAGGGUGUUCGAACAGUGACAAGGUCAUAAAAGCGGAUUAAUAAAGAGAUUAUGUUUAUUCUAAGGCUUAUACAGCAAGGAUAUCGGGUCAGAGUGUGUUAUGAAGAACGAAUGGCCAUUAGCAACGGAUUACUGGCGAGAUUAAGACCAUGAUUUGAUCUUGACUUGACCAACUUUACAGCUAGCUGAUUCCUGUGAAUACGCUUCGACAGCACCCUGUGUAAAUUCUGAAUUCUUAGAAUUGUAGCCCAACAGAUAGUGUUAAUUUUCAUGAUGUUACGCUCUGAGAAAACCUCCUUACAAAAUCAGACAGGUCAAGGGAAGUGUGCUGCCACAAUAUUAACUGAAAGCGGCUGGCAUUACCCUGUAAUCAAUGAGAGGAGCUACAGAGAUAGACGUCGUGCAGAGACUGCACCGUUUAACACGGGACGCGGCGCUAGACCCAUGCACACCUCAACGCUGUCAGUUGCCAAACCACCGUGGGAUCCAGUGACAGGCUUUAGUACCACUAAUAAACAGUAUUUUGGAGACAUCAGAGUGUUAAGUGGAGUCAGCAGACCAAUUAAGUGUAGGUCCAUGCAUCACAGCCACUUUCAGUUGGGAGAAAAACAGGACUGUUCAGAAAACUGGAACACACAAUACAGAAAAACCUUCAUUGAGAACAACAUUAUACCAGCAAAUCGUCUCCAUAAAGUUUCUCUGGUGAACAGAAUAGACCAGACAGAGGGUGGUCAAGUCAAGCAAGUGUUCAGCACUGACCCUAGUCAUCCCAGCUAUUGGACACAGUACAAGAGGAUUCAUGACAAACUAGGCUAUGUGCUGGGCCCUGGCACACAGAGAUAUAAACCUGUCAAACAACAGUUCAAUCUUUUUACAGGUGAAGUUAUUGGCCCCAUAUGGAAAGAAGAAAACAAACGCCUUUCUGGUAACCGACUUCUAAGCCAUGAACGGCUGAAACCAGAGAACAAAAUACUGUUGAAUUAGCAUAUGAGAUGCCUGAAUAUAUUUCCAUCAUUGUAUAGUAGGUAUGCUUCCAACUGAAUUCAUUUAAUCGGUUGUGUAAUAUGAUACUCAGUCUUUUUUUGUUUUGUUUUUUUUUUGUCGUUUUACUAUUGUGGUCAGUUUUAUAUGUAGAGGAAAGUAAACAGAAGACAAAUGGGACUACUUUCAAAACACUUCAUAAAUCAGUUUUUCAUGACUUUUCUCAUAUGUUUUCUCUUAUGGCCUUAUCACCUAGACAAUAUCUUUUGUUAAAAAAAAAAAAUUCCCAGAAAUAUGACUUACUAAGUCUUGUGAAAGUUCACAAACAGCCAAAAGAGCAUCUUCGACUGCUUAUUGUCACAGAGAAUCUUCCAUUGGAGUCUUCUGUCAUACUGUUGACAACAUCGUGGUGCUGGUUGAAAUUUACUUACUAAAAUACUAUGCUUAUACUAAUGAUGUAUGGAAACAGAUGUACCUCGAUAUAUAUUUUAGAAAAUAUUUACAUUUGUUUUUAAAGAUUAAUUCUGUAUGAUUUGCCAAUGUUAAUUUGUAUCCAGUACCUGUCUGAAGAAGACAGGAUAUUUUGACAUAAGUGCUUCUAAAGUAUUUUCAGUUUGUAACUCCAGUGUAACGUGAGGUACUCUGGACAAAAAAUUCUUAAUUACACUGGAAGAUACAGCUUUCUGUAUACGUUAUUAUGUAUCACCUGCACUGUUAAACUUCUCUUAAAUUUGUCUGGCAUGAAAUUCCUUCCUAGUAGUAAUUACAUAUGCAUACUUUAUCCUUGUGCUGAAUGCUUUGUACAAUAUGUGCAUGUGAUUGUCAUGUAUUUUUUUUUUUUUUUUGGAUCAUUCAUUUAUACAUGUGUGUACAUGUAUAAGUAUCCUGAUUGAUUCAGCUUUAUAAGCAUAUUGCACUGAUAUAAAUGUCUUGCUUGUGGAU